UCGUGUCCCGCCCUCUGACGCUGUGACAUCGUCACCAUCCUCCACCCAACGACUACCACCCCACGCGAGAGCACCAGCACCACAGCGGCGUUCGACGUUACCAGAUGGCAACAACGUGAGCGGUGGGCCCUGUCAGUCUGCCGCCCAGCUGUUCGUGAAGAGACUGUAUCGGCGUGCCAGUACUGUAGGGUUCAACACCUAAUGGAACAACUAUAGCAACAGUUCUUCUCUCACUGUACAAGCACCACGUGCAUUCUGUGAUUGGCUGCUGCAGCCAACAGUCUACAUCUGUGCUACCUCGACACUUCAUAAUCACUUUCUGCACAGUUUCUACCAGUAAUAUUAUACACAGGACGGACACACGUAUACAGGGGGCUUCUCCGUCCAGCUGUCAAUCAACAACGCAGGGGGUUGAUCGCCAGUCAUUCAUUGGCUGUUUCAGGAGGAGUAACAAGGAAUUUGGGUAGUUGAGAUCUUCUUCUCACGUCCCACCAAGAACUAGCAGGAAGGUCUACCAUUCUCUGUAGGAGUACCUGUGUCUUUCCCUCGUGGUACGGAUUAAUACGAGUCGGCACAAUGAAAGUUCCAGCACUCUUCACCUUGGUUGUCGUCCUAGGAUACCACACGUCCAGUGCCUGUCCACAACCGAAUCAGUUGGUCAAGGACGUACAGAAAUGCCUCGGGAGUAUGAUGACGUUCGUCAACGCAGACAAGGACGAUAGGUGGUCAAAAUGCCCAAAUCUGAAGGAUGGCAUCGACUGUGUGGACGACAUCCUGGACGCCUGCAAGGAUAACCCCGCUCUCCGGGGACAGUACGACAUGCUGAAAGACAGGAUGGCACAGAGUCGGAAGGACUUCGAAUUAUACUGUGGCAGCGUUGGAAUCGCCUCAAGCGGAAGGACCUCCAGUAUGUUCCUGAUUGGUUUCGCUUGCUUACCGUCACUGUGGUUAAGAAACAUCCACAUGUGAACAGUGCCGACAAAACAGCUUCCUUUCCCUGUUGAAUGCCUUAACUAUCAAACCUUCAGGGAUAAGACAGUCCAAUAAGUACCAUCUUAUCUUGGAAGGUCUACCUUCCGUUCCACGUGAAUACUUUUGUUAACCUUUACAUCAUCCUAUUUCAUGCCAGUUUUUUCAUUCACGUAUUCUGCCAAACUGGUUAGACAAAGACCAUGUAUAGGUGUUCAUGUAUAUGUAGAGCUUCAAUAUGUAGGGCAGUGACCUUCGUGUACAUCUAUACAUGGACAGCAAAUGUAUAUACAAAUUAAUAUACACACGCAUACCAACAUUCAUAACCUAUUUCAGGUCUGGGUAUUAAAAUGGCACUGUAUUUGGCUGAGCUAUAAUGGUUGAUUGUGUUGGUAUCGCUGACUUUGUGAAAUAAAUGAAGCUAUUGACAUACCUCCGCAUCAUUCAAAGACAUGUAAGAAGAAGCAUCAUAAUUGAAGAAGGUGUGAAAUAAUGAUUGGCUAAGAUUAACAUUACGGACGCCAUGAUCUGAGCGGAACUCAAUGAGUGUGUUGAAGAAUAAAGAAUAAGUUACAUCUGGACCAACAACUGAGGUAGUUCUAUAAGUAUACACGUGGACAUUAUAUCGUAUCAAAUGCUGACUAUGCACAAAUGUCUUGUUAAGAGAGGAUGUUCGCUCUUGUCGAACUGUAACGUUUCUAGAUAUAUAGAUACUAAUGUGUGAUGUGGUAAAUUGUGAGUGGAUGGUCAUAGUGUAUACUGUAGUCAGUAUGUUUGCAGCUUUAAAUUUGUACAGGAAGGGUAGCUUGCUGAAACUGAAGAAACUUGAGAACAUAUGGUUGAAAGUAUUUUUCAUUGCAAUGUUGAUAUGUGAACAUCUCGAUGUUAUUGUCUGACUAUGAUGUAUAUUCCCGACCUUUUAUACAACCAUGUAUCAUUUUUGUUAGGUCGAUAAUUGUCUUCCAGUUGUUAAAUGUGAUUCUGUAAAUGUAAACAAUGUUAGUACAUAUGUCUGUUCCAAUAAAAAUCAUUAAUAUUCGUAAA